AUGGUGAUUAUCGAAACGGCUGUCGUAGGAGCUGCUGGUUAUGGAGCGUAUCGUGGAGGAGAAGAAUCGGCCAAGAAGGCCAAGCAAGCCAAGAAGGAAUUCAAAUUUGGACAAAAGUUGCGAGGUCAUAAGAAUGCGCUUUCCACCAAGACCAAGACGCGGAGCGAGCGGAUUGCCCAAAUCAAUCAGAUGCGGAGUGCGCGGAAUAAUACUGACAAUAGUACUACAACUACUGCUACUACUGCUACUACUGCCAGUGCCAGUGCUAGUGCCGGUAGUGGUAUCGGUGCAUCAGACAAUAACAGCAACAACAACAACAACAAUAAUGCUUGGCCCUUGAGUGGUAGUUCUAAUAAUAGUGAAAGAAGCAACAAUGAUGCCGCGGUAAAAGAUCGUCAAAAGGCAGUCAUGGAAAAGCUGUCCCAAAACAAGCCAAAGCCAAAAACAUCCAUGUUUGGAAUGUUCAAGAAAAAAUAA